AUGUCGGAAAAAAACGCGUCUAUUAUUCCCUUGCAUGAUGCCGAUCCGAGCUUGUUCGGUUCCCCUGUCGAUCGACCUUCCCUGAACGGCGGCGCGGUCCCCACCCACACACAAUACGGCAGCUCGUCUCGCCACAGGGCCGCUAUGGAAAGUUUGAACCCGCAGAUGCAGCAGCCCUGUGGUGUCCGUGGUGUCUACGAGGAUCCGUUGACAGCGGCGGCAAUGACGCCGCCGCUGUCGUCUGCCCAGGCCCUCUCGAUGUCGCUCGGUGCGGCCGACCAGCCCUACAUUGGUGAGGCCAGUCUAGAUUUCCAGCGCAGACUCUUGCAACAGCAGGUGCAGCAGGCACAUCGUGAGGUGGAGCGACUCAAGGGAGAGCUACAGGAGACCAACGUCCGCCUCAGCGACACGCGCCACCAUCUCCAUGAACAGAAGGCCGCGUACACCUCCCUCACGCACCGCUACAGCACAACAGUGGAGAAGCUGACCACCACAGAGAGCACCAUCAAGACACUAGAGGAGCAGCUGAUCAAGGAGCGCAGCCAGCGCCAUCAGGUGCAGAAGGAGCGGGAAGAGCAACGACUGGCGCUGCGGGAGGCGGAGUGGGCCCAGGAGCGACUGCAUCGACGCCUCCAGCAACUCGAGGCAUGCAAAGGGCUGGAUCCGAAGGAGGUGGAACGCCGACUGGAGGACCGGUCUCACUUCAUCCCCACUGUAGAGGUACGCCGAAUGCAGACCGAGAUGCACAACACCCACCAGACCCUCGUGGAUCGCCUGCUGACGUCGCUCGAGUCCCUGACCGCGUCUAGCGACGAGUCGCAGACAAACGUCUUUGUGGCGCGCAGCUCCGUGCUGUCGGCUCUCACGGAUGUCGACGCCCGACUAAAGCGUGCCGAGGCCACUCUCGACGACGUGGACAAGCAGUGGACAGACUACCGCGACGGUGCUGAGCGUGAGACACAGGAGUUCCUGCUGGCGGUCAUGUCCGAGAACAGGGAUCUUUGGCAGCAACUCACGCUGCUGCAGAACGAGCACGCGGUUGUUGUGUCUGAGAUGAAACUUCGCUCCACACAGGGUGGGUCGGUGUCGAUGGAAGAGCACGCCUAUGUGCAGCGGCAGCUGGAGUUAAUGACGGAGCGUCUCGGGAAGGCGCAGGAGCUGGUGGAGUCCCAGACGGUCCUGGCGCGUGCGCACGAGGCGGAAAUGACGCAGCUGUUGGAAGCCAACAGUGCAAUGCAGCGGCAGCUAGAGGACCUGGAGAGACAGUGCGCGCAGCACGAACAGGCGAGCAGCCAGAAGUCAAGUGCUCUGGCUGAGGCAGACGCCGCGCUGCAAGAUGCCAUGAUUCAGCUAGAGGAGCUUCACAACACCUUGCGCGAGGAGCGUCAGCGCGCCGAGGAAGUGGUGGCGGAGAUGAAGGCGACACAGCGGACAAUGCAGGACGAGUACAAUGCCCGCGUACGCGAGCUCGAGCACGACUGUGAGGUGGCAGACGAUACAGCGACAACCCUUCAACACACAUUAGAGGAGACAGCCGCGAAGCUGGACCUUGUAGAGCGCAAUCUGCAAGCACGGAGUAAGGAGUUCGAGGCUGACAAGCUGCAAACUGCCGCCGAGCAUGCGGCAGCCGUGGGACGACAGCGUGACGACAUGCAGCGGGUGCGGGAGGUGAUGGAGGAGGAGCUGGCAUCGUUGCGGACCCAACUAGAUGAGGCACGAGAGGAAGCCCGGGCAGCAGUGCGAGAGAGCGAGGAGGCGGCAGCGCGCGAGGGCGCCGCUGUGGUGGGGCACCACACGGCUCAGCGAGAUGUGACUCACCUACAGGGAGAGCUGGAGCAGCUGCGUGCUCAUUACAAGGAGGCAGUGGAGCAGCGGGAGCGCGCGCAGGCGGAAGCGGAGCAGCUUCGCGUUGUUUCUGGCGAGGGCAGCACCCUCGCGCAGGAGUUGCAGAGGCGCUGCGACGCCCUCGAUAAGGAGAAAGCGGAGUUGGCCACAGUGCUGAACAAUGAGAAGGCGUGGCAGGUGCAGCGCUACACGACUCUGCACGCGGACUGGACGACCUCUGAGAAGGCGCGGGCGUUGAUACAAGAGGAGGUCAAGACGCUGCGCACCCGCUGUGCCGAGCUGGAGAAGGUUCACAUGGCCGAGGAUCGCCAGACUCAGGACAAGGAGCAGCUCAUGCGCGAGAACAUCCGCUUGCACGAGCAGUAUCAGCUUAUCCAGAAGGAGUGCACGGGGCUACGCGAGGAGGUGAAGGCGCUCAAGCAGCGUGCCGUCGGCGACGCGCAGUGGCACAGGCAAAUGGAGAAUCUUCAGCGACGUCUACGGGAGUUGCCAGAGCUACGUCAGGCUGCUGAGGCAGCUCGCCGCGACGCGCUGAUGGCGAAGGAGGAGACUGAGCUGCUGCGGCGCGAGCGGGAUCAGCUCUCAAGGAAGCUUGACGCCUUCCUUGAAGAUGCGAAGCGGCAGGCGCUGCGCGAGGACGACUUUGAGCGGGUGUGCCGGGAGGCCAGUGCUGCCGCGCAGCGUAUUGGCGGACAGGUGUCCUCAGCCAAGGAGAACAGCGCACGUUAUCAUGUCUUUCGCAACACAAAUCCGACAGGACACUUUUUUUCUUCUCGCGAGGGUGUAAUGGCCUCCACUAGCGCUGCACCGAAGCCUUCGUCCGCUGCUCCUGCUUCCCCAGCAGCCGCUGCUCAUAGGGCCGCCAGCGCGCUAUCUGCGAUGGCAUCGCCGUCUCGCACGGCCCAGUCGACACAGCACCGCAGCCCUGUACACGAGCUCACUAAUGCAAGGAAUCAUUCCAACGAUGGCGAAGGGAUCGGUGCAGAGGCCGAGGGUGCUGCUGUUCGGUCAUCCACGUCCUCCCCACAGCGCCCGUGGCGCUAA